AUGGCGCCCUCUUCGGGACAUACUACGACGCCUCUCGACGACAGAGGCGUCCAACAACGAAAGCGCCUGCUUCGUACGCCAAAUCCAACAGAUAAGCGUCCAUUCCCCAUCCGAAUAUUGACGUGGCUCGCAAAAUCCUAUCUGAGUGGUCUGGGAAAUAUGGGCGCGACACUGGGGCCGUCAGAGCUCGGCGCCAGUACGGCUCUCUGGGCCCAGGGAAGUACGACGCCCGAGCGCAUCAAAACUUCGGCAUCCGCUACGAGCAUCGCAGCGCGUGACCGGCCCCAGAGUGCAAGUGCAUCAAAAACUGGUAAAGCUGCACGACCACGGCAUCGCAAAGGGGCACCUUCGACAUCAGGCUCGAUUCGUGCGCAAAACUCGGCGAGUGCUGCUCAGCAGGUGCGCGCGAAGGAGUUCCAAUCUACGGAUGGAACUUGCGGGUCGUUGGCAGAAAGCCCGAUCUUGGCGGAAUCCAGGAAUGUAUCGAGUCGGUUGCCCACUGCGAGCGGAUCCGACCGAUCGACAGGUUCAGGGGUCAGCGCGCAGCCUGAGGCUCCUGAUGCAGCACCCACAGGCGCAACUGCAUCUACUAUGCAAAUCCAGAAUGGGGCAGAGACGGCUCCAGAGUCGUCAACUCAGCGUGGUGUUGCCGAUGUUGUACGGUCGACAAGCGAGGAUAACGUUGCGACUGACGACACUCAGUGGUCAGCACAUGACCAGGUGCAAGAACAGGGCUCUCUAUCCGUGUCCUCAGGGGACCACGGUAGUGCUGUGGAUACCAACGCACGAGUGGCAACGCCCUACCCCGAUGCUGCCGCUGAUAGCAAUGGCGACAGCGUUCCCGCGGACAACACCGGCGAUAGCGAUGGGGCGCGCCCCCAGACUCUCCAGGAGGAGGCGCGUGCGCAGGUAUCGUUGCCGCCCGUGCCGCUGCCUCGGCAGUCGUUCAACUGCGUUCAAUAUUUCACGAUCCUUCGAGGUUCUGGCCGAUCCAUUGUAGAAAUAAGCGAGGGAUCGCCGGUGUCCAUGCAACCUGGUGACGCCGUCGACCUGCUCGCCAUCUGUGCGAAAUCCAGGACACAGGCGCCCGCAGAAGCCAGAGCCGCUGCGCGCCCGUCUUCGAUUUACGCCCGACACGGGGUGCUUUCGAGCACCAACGACGCGUUGAGUGAUGAGCGAAACGGGAAUCACGCGGAUGCGUCCCAGAACUCAACAUUGCUUGAGGCGGCAUCCGAGGGCGCCCGCUCCGCCCAGACAGCGGAGCGUCUAGAAAGCGCACGAAACCCCGACGCCGGCAACUUCGCGUCCGAAAGACCGUGCGAGCUCCCUAGCGUGCUCGACGAGCUGCGCUCAGUCGGCCUCGAACUCUCAGAUCUAGCUGCCGAGGCAAAACCGCAGCGCGCCUAUCGACGACACUACGCUGCCUGGUUGACGAACGUUUUGCAUCGCCCGCGUCCGCGAGGCAUCGAAUUCCGCCGAAUUCUGGUGAUCGACGGCGACCGGGCCCAAUCGUACAAGCGAGUCAUCCAACAUGCUUUUGGAUUUUUAACACUGCUCUGCUCUGGCAGAACGGGUAUCCGCAGUGUCAUGUUUCCGCUGUGUCUCGAGUAUGCGGCCGAUGCAGUCGACGUCUUGACAUACCUGCUGGAUGCGGCCCUGCGAUGGUGUAGCGCCGGGUUGAGCUUGCCCCUCAUUCGCAUCUUGGUGCCGCGAGGCUUCUGCACGCCGAGCGUUCAGCGGCUGCUCUCGUCGUUCCGUGAGUGCAUGGAUGAAGAGGGGCGCUAUGACCCGAAGCGUUCCAAGUCCGAGCAUGUCGCUUCGGUGCAGACCGGAGAUGGCGUCGGAGAUGCACCUCCGCUUUCGGGCGCUCCUGGCGAGACGCGCAGCGAACUCGCACCCGAGUUGGUAUCUCCGGUCGCGGACACCAUUGCUACCUCGCAAGCGAUGGCAUCGUCGAAGCGUCGCCUAGAACGGGAUUUUUUCGUAUUGUACCACCGGGACGAUACCAAAGUUGCAUGGGAAAUUAUUCACGUACUGCGCGUGCGUUUUGGCUUUAAGGUGUUUGAUGUGCACAGUCGUGCACUGGACGUUGCUGCGACAGAACUGGUCGAACGCCAAGAGUGGGACAUUGCGGCCCCGUCGAACGACGGGGGAUUGCGCACUGCGCACUGGGGUUUCCCGAAUCUUUCGGGUGCAUCUGCGACGCCUGCAACUGCUGAGCCACAGACCGUCGAUACGACGACAUUGACGUCCAAAGGAGACGCACAGGGCGUCACAAGAGGGAGCCUCAGGGAGCGUGCGCUCCAGCGUCAUGCAGCCGACGCGGUCACUGAGCCCUUGGAAAGCGGGCCUGAACAUAGUGUCGCCGACGACGAACCUGGCGUCAGCGCUGAAACGCCAGCGAUGGAUGGUGCGGAACAAGCGCCCGCCACUGCGGAUCUGACUGGUGCGUCUUUGGCGGCGGCGGCGGCGGCACGGAAUGAUCAUCGUGGAGCUGCACCCACGACACACUGGACAGCAUCAAAUCCUGGCCAGGGUCAGCACAGGUCGUCCAGCGACAGAAGCGAACCCGUCGCUAGCGCUGAGCGAAUUGGAUUCGUGGAAGGCACAACGGUUGCGCUCGGAGCAGCAGAACAUUCGCAUUACGCGCAACAAUCGGAGCAAGGUCGAGCUGACGGGCCGGUUUCUCCCGACCAAGAGGCCGAUAUUCGCUCCGCUUUCUUUAUGGAUGAAUGGUACAGUUCGAUGCUGCAUUCGAAGAGGUUUGUCGCUCUGGUUUCCGACGGUUUCUUUCGUUCACCUCAAUGUGCGACGCUGUUCUCCUUGGCCCUGUGCCGAGCGCUAGAGCGUGGACCUGAAACCGUCUUUAUGAUCUACUGGCGGAGUACAGACCUGCCGGCCCUCGUUCACUGCAUCCCGAAAAGCAGCAUUCUGGACUGCCGCGAGAGCAACCACGAGGCGCUGACGCGUUCGAUCGGAGAACUCGCCCAAAUUCAUCGUCGUCUUGAACGCGUGGAUCACCUGCGUCAGCAGCAGAGCAGGAGUGCGCUCGCUCAGCAGAUGUGGCAGCAGCAGCAGUCAGCGUUGGCAUCGGAUGCUCGAGGACGCGCCCUCGAGGAGCGACGCACCAUGCAGGGCCCUGCUGAUGCCGCAUCCGCGCUGUCUUCUGGAUGGCUCGCAGACAAAUCGACCAGGCCGGAUCGCGACCUGCACACAGAGGCACAGCGAGCAUUACAGGCGGCUCGAACGCGCGACUUGAACGCCGCUGGCGAAGCGUCUCAGCAGCAACAACAACAACAGCAGCAACAGGCGGAAGACGGGCCCAUCGACGGAUCUACUGCCUCGGAGAUGGAAUAUUACGGGAAUGCCCCACUGCUUUUUGACCGAGAAUGGCGUGAAAAAUGGGAUAUUCCGUACGAAGAGCUUCGCUUUGGAAGCAAACUCGGAGCCGGUGCCUUUGGUGAAGUGUUCAUGGCCGAAUGGCGCGGUGUCAUCGUCGCCGUCAAACAACUGACCCGCGACGACGACGGUUACAGUCUGGAAACCGUGGAGGAUUUCCAGAAAGAGAUGGUUCUCCUCAGCCGAUUGAAACAUCCGAACAUCGUGCCUUUUAUCGGUGCGGUAACCAAGUCACCGCAUCUCUGCAUUGUGCUGGGUUUUGUGAGCGGCGGCUCACUCUAUCGUCUCAUUCAUGCGCGCAAGGCCGCUGCGGACGGCCCUGCCUUCAGCCUCGCCGAAAUUGCCCAACUGGCUCUCGGGAUCGCCCAAGGCGUUCAGUACUUGCAUGCGCAGCAGCCACCGGUGAUCCAUCGGGACCUCAAGUCCCCGAAUGUGCUCAUCGACGCCGAAACAGGCACGCCCAUUGUCACCGACUUUGGUCUGAGCCGCUCUCGUGUGCACACCAUGUUGGCAACGGGUGCUGCGGGUACGCCCGAGUGGAUGGCGCCCGAGGUCAUGCGUCAAGAAACCGUCGAUGAGAAGAGCGACGUCUGGUCCUACGGCGUUAUUGUGUGGGAGCUGAUCACCAGUGACAAGCCCUGGUCCGAUGAACACCCCAUUCAGGUCAUUUAUCGAGUAGCGCAGCGCGGUGAACGUCUCAGAGCGCCACCGGACACCGACGAAGGCCUGAAAUCGCUUCUAGAUGGCUGUUUCCGUCAGCGACGACAGCAACGACCCACUUUCGAUGAGAUAGUGGCGUUCUGGCAAGCGUUUCAACGAGUCUUGAGGGAGCGAGAGCGAACAAGAAAUGCCGCGCUACCCACACCGCACUUGUCGACCAUCGUGGAGCGAUACCGUACCCAGAAGCGAGCGGCGCGACGGGGUCCACCAUCGCGGGCGUGA